AACGAAUGGAGUACGCUGACGUACUUGUUGGUUCACGCAUUGGUUCUUGCGCUAAUGCUGUUGACUUGUGCAUGCUCUCCGGUUCGUGACGUUACUUUAGUUUAAACCAGGCCCUAUGGAACCAUGGAGCUGGAAGUUAACGGGCAACUUUAACGUUCGUUCAAUGGGAGCCUGCGAUCAGUGGUGGGUCCGCAUGUAUGACGAACCCGGAUACCCCUGAACUGUGGCGUUCAUUGUCUGCUGCGAAUAACGAAACCCACAUCUGCACGGGUGCCGGAUACAUUUCAUCCAUGGUUUCAUAACGGGAGAUAGCCAAAGCGAUGGGGGGAAAUCUGCAGAUUCUUCAUUGUCAGGGCAACGAAAUCCAAAUGAUGAGACUCUCUAUAUAUCCGCUCCGAGCGGAACAAAAAAGGAUGUCAAGAUGACAAGAGACUAUGCACAGAUCAGCGGUAAAACCAACUCCCCGGCUAAAUCAUCCCCAAAGUUGAAAGGCCAGAAUGCUACAGGCAGUCCGGCCCAUAACAUCAUUGUUGUUGCCGAGGCGACCGCACCGAGUGAAGAUGCUCGCCUGGCAUCGGAGCUACAAAAGAUGCGCGACAUCCCAACGUUUACACCCCUGAUUCGCAGCACACCCUCUCUGUCCAGCCUCGAGGAGACCGGCGCCAUGGACAAACUGGAUCACAGGCAACUUCUCCAUUUGUGUCUGAGAUACCAGCAACAUCUAAAGCAGUGUAGCGAAGCUGUGUCCUUUGACCAGAAUGUCUUGGUCAAUAGAAUCAAAGAGGUGGACACUGAAGCUGUUGCUAUGGCCAACCUGCUCUCUGAACGCCAGCGGAAGUACUCCAAGGUGGCGGAGCGGAUUCAGAAGAUCAACGAGAUGUCCUUCACACUGCAGAAGGUGACCAAGAACCUCAAUCAGCUCAUCCCGCUGAUGGAGAGGCUCAACAACGUCCUCCCUGAGGAGGAGCGACUGGAGCCUUUCACUAUGCGCAAGGAGGCCCGGAGACCAGACCAGGUGAAGUCUGUGAAGGAACUGUGUUGAAUUUGGUUUUUUGUUCCAAAGAGCUGCUGCAGAAAAAGGCCCUGGUUGGAAAAUGUGGAUGCGACUGGAAAUAACAUGUACCCUUAUGUGAGCCACUGAGUGUGUAGCCAUACCACUGUGCAUUGCUGCAUGUUUGACUUCCAGCCAACGUGUCGGAGCUGAACUAGCCCAAAUACCAUGUGACUACACUUGUCGUGGCCAAAUCUUAACUUAUUCUGGCUAAGCCUGUAAAUUUGUCCAGUCCAGAUAAUCUGACUAUAGUUAUUGGCUUUGUGAAAUUGGACUUGAUUGUUUCAGAGUCAAUUUUGUAGAUCUGAACUGGGAGUGUGCUAAGCACAGAUAGAAUUUGUUUAGCAAAAAAAAAGGUUAUCGGCAAAAAAGCCAUGGUUUGUAUAUGCUUGUGACUGGUUCAUUGCCAGUUUUUGCUUAGCAAAUACAGUUGUCAUGCGAGAUUUUCUGCUUUGCAGCUCUGCGGUAUUGGGUCCAAGAUCUUGGUGGGUUCGAAAUCAGUUUGAUGGAUAAAAUCGCAGCUGGUUUGUUCUUGUCAGGGAUGAAAUGGACUGAUGCCCCCAGUGUUUGGAUUAUAGUAUGUAUUAUUGUGCAAUUUGUUGGGAAAGUUUGGGCAAUUUUAACCUCAAGUAUCUAUUUGUUGGUUGUUCGGCAAGCUGGUAUCAUUUGUCCUUGUCCAAAAUAGGAUCACCUUGUUAGUUGUGCUAUGUGGAUGGUUGCAACUUCACAGAACCUUCUGAGAAAACUACUGAACAUUUUGUUGCUUCCAAUGAAAGUGUAAAAUGUGUCUUGUGUCAUUUUGGCCAGGAAAACCAUACAUGAAGGAUUUAGUUUGAUAUUGCAACGUAGUUCUUUCAUGUUCUAGUCUCAGGGCAAACCUUUUCCAGCCAAUAGAGGGUUUGCACGGCUGCCAUCUUGCAGGCCAGGGCUUUUGUUCCACAGGGUUCACACAAAAGAGGUUUCCCUGUGGAACAAAAGAACUGCCCUGCAAGAUGGCUAGCAUGCAAAGUCUCUGUAGACUAGCUAACACUGGAACGUACUUACACAUUUUGCACAUGCAGACUUGAGAUGACUAGACCUCUCUGUUUUUUGCCUACCAUUGGCUGGUAAGCCGUGGCUGGUCUCCAGCCCAACAGCAGAGGUAUAAUGCACAUUCCACAACAUGUUAAGAAAUCUCAAGUAGCUAUCACAACACUGGAUAAUAAACAGUACUUCUGAAUGCUACAUCAAAGUAUGCCCCUCUGUGAAGCAAAUGUAUAUUUUGAGGCACAAUCUACCACAAACCAAGGGUGACAUUUCUGCAAACUAGGCCCACCCAUACUUACUAGCAGCAGACAAUGUGAAAGAAUUACAUGUAUUUAGCCCUCUGUAAUAGUGGUGGAUUUCAUGUGAAUUCUGCCUGGUUCCUUGUUUCUUUGAAAAAAAAGUAAUAAAACACGUGGUCACUGACUUGAAA